AAAGAAGAAUGCGAGUCUUCCUUAAAAAUAUUUAGAAGAAUGCCGGUCUUAACCCGAACCCGUAACGGGUCACUAAUUUGGGGGAGUUUCUAGUUCUAGGGUUCAAACAAUCAAUUAGCUUCAACUUACAGAGACUGAGGAAACAAUGACGGUGGUGUCUAAGAAUGAAGUAAACCUCCGGAGAUUGCUUGCAGCAGCUCCUCACCAAGAAAACCAGGCAAAGCUUGUCCACUAUGUUGCAACUCUAAGAGAAUUGUUGGAGCAGUUAACUGAAGAGAAAACUCCUGAAGGAUUGCCGAGGAUAUCUAAGGCAAAGGUGAACGAAUAUUCAGAGAAGAUUCAAGCAGUUGCUGCUAAGCUAGCUAUGCCUGUGUCUGAUAUAGAAAUAGCUGAAGAGCUUAUCGUAGAGACUUCUAUCCGUGAAAGCUCUCCAAAAGGUGAUGGGAAGCAUAUUCUUGAUUCUCAAGGUCUGAGGAGAAGAUCUUCCAGUAUCAAGGAAAGAUCUCAUGAUAAUGUUGUUACUGAUCAAUCAGUGCCUGUAAAGUUGGACACUGCUGCACAAACGCAUAUUGCAAAGCAUAGGAAGCUUCAGGAAGACCUGACAGAUGAGAUGGUUGUAUUGGCACGCCAACUCAAAGAGAGUAGUCAAUUGAUGAGCCAAUCACUACAGAAUACUGAGAAAAUACUCGACUCAACAGAGAAAGCUGUUGAGCAUAGCUUAGCAAGCACCGGUCAUGCCAAUACCCGAGCAAUGGAGGUAUACUCCCAUAGUUUUAAGACUACAUGCUUCACAUGGCUUGCGAUUUUUGCAAUGACUUGCAUUUUCAUCAUGGUAGUACUCCUUAUCCGUAUCACUUAGUGCAGACAAAUAUGUCGAGGGAGGAAGUUAGCCUAUAUUGUGUGUAAGAUUUACCAAAUGCAAGCAUGAUUUGUUUUGUAUAUUGUUUAGUCUAGUCAAUGUAGUAGUUAUGUUUUGUUGUAGUAUGUAGAAUUGAGUUGCAUAUCUCCUUUUGACUUUUAAUCAACCUAUCCAGUCACACCCUCAUGAUCUCAGAAGGCUUUAUUUCUUUAUAGUUUACAUUUAUUUUAAAGUUUCACUCACAUUCACCGAA